AUGCCCAUCAAGCACUCCUACUCAGAGAUCAACAAAAUGACUAAUGGCUUCAAACACAAGUUAGGUGAAGGACGCUAUGGUCAUGUCUUCCAAGGAAAGCUUCAAAGCAAACGUGAUGUAGCUGUCAAGAUAUUACAUCUUGACAUUAAACCUCACAAUAUCCUUCUUGAUGAAAAUUUUGAUAAAAAAGUUUCUGAUUUUGGAUUGUCAAAGUUGUAUUCCUUAGAUGAUAGCAUUGUAUCUCUAACUAAUGCAAGAGGAACACUGGGAUACAAGGCACCUGAAUUAUUUUACAAGAACAUUGGAGGGAUAUCACAUAAAGCUGAUGUUUAUAGUAUUGGGAUGCUGUUCAUGGAAAUGGCAGGUAGGAGGAAGAACUUGAAUCUUAUUGAGCAUUCUUGGCAAACCCAUUUUUCCAAAUGGGUUUAUGACCAAUUUGAAGAAUCCAUAGAAGUGAGUGGUACCACUGGAGAGGAAAGGGAAAUUGCGAUGAAGAUGAUUGUUUUAGCUUCACAUUGCAUACAAAUGAAUCCCAGUGAUCCACCCUCAAUGAAGAAAGUGAUAGAGAUGCUCGAGGGAGAAAUUGACCUCCAAGUGGCUUUUCCACCGUACCAACCCUCUAUAACUUGGAAAGGGAUUCCAAAAGGGGAUGUUGAAUUGUUGAUAUAUAAUUGGAAGAAUUUGAAUUCAGAAUGA